AUGAAGUCUCAGCACAUCCCCAAACCCCUAAUCUCAACCCUCAUCAUCCUAACGCGCCUCCUUAAAACCGCCGUCUUCUUCGCGCCCCUCCUCCUACUCCUCCUCAUCCUCUCAAUCCUCCAGAUCUUACGCCAAGGCACCUACCUAUUCUUCACGGCCUCAGUUUCCUACUACGACUACACUCGACCCCAAAUAUCAGUUAAGGGCUCGCAAUCGAAGUGGAGGAUGAAUUGGGGACUUGCGCUUUUUGGCGUCUGGGUUAUGGUUAUGAUGGCUGUUGUUCUUGGGUUUUUGGAUUGGAUGCAGAUGAUCCUGAGCAAUGGGGUGCAAUUAUUAUUGUGCGGAAUUAGAGGAGAGAGGACGGGACGGGAGGAGAUGGAGGAUAAUCCAUCCAGCACCGCAGACUUCCAAUCCUGCCAUAUACAUGAUUAUCUCAAGAGCCUUUGCACCUACCUCAGCUCGAAGAAUAUCAUGUCAUCUUCUGCCUGGCGCGUCUUCAACACCAUUCAGACUCUCACCUUGCUCUACUUUCUAGUCCCCGAUCUUCUGCGAUCCACAAUCCAGAUCUGCAAACAACGACAAUAUUUCCGGAUCCUAAGCGGAGAAAUCUACUACAAGAAUCGCGAUGCACGUCAAGCGGACAUGCCAGCACUCGAGAUUGUCUGUGAGCAGACAUUCGACUACAUGUUUGAUCGGAUCCCGGAGCUCUACUUCUUUGGAAAAGCGGUUCGAAGUCCAUAUUUCAUAACGUUGCUGACUUACUUCAUGGUGUCUCUGAUAUGGGAAGGUGAUGUGUUUCAGGGAUUGGUGACGGAUGGGUUGAGGAAGUUGAGGAGGAUUGUGGUUGUGCUGUGUGUACUGGAAAUUUGGUUUUCGUUGCUUGUUGUUGGGCAGGUGUGGGUGAGGUUUGUGUUCGUCAUGAGUGAGAUGGGAGAAGUGUCAGGACUUUGGGUCUCGCGAUCUGGGGAAGGAGAAGUCUGA